AUGGCCCCCUCCAAGUCGGCGCGGAACGCGCACGAAGAAAAAGUCGAAGGCAAGGACAAGGAAAAGCCUAGCGUUCCCAACGGGACGCAAUCCGGGACAAAGAUGCGACGGGGUGCUAGCCAGGCCAGUCACGCCCGUGACCAAGCUGCGGUUGCCGCUGCUCCCCAACCGCCGCCCGUGGUUGUUCAAGAGACUGCUGGCAUCCAGUGGCAGACGAUUGAACGCAAAGCACUCCACAAGUACCGCCGCGAAUACAGCCUCGACACCCCUCUGUCCUUCUCCACCUCGUACCAUCACAUAAUUUUCGCGCGACCGGGCGGCAUCGGAAUCUACUCGCCUACCAUGGCGCGCCGGCGAAAGCAGAAUCGCCAAACAAAGGAGCAACUGGCUGCUGCUGUUCGAAAACACUUCAACGGCGUUGGUGUUCAAGAAAACGAUGUCAUUGUCGACUUGAUCCACGCCGUCCACAACCAGGGCAACAAGACCCUCAAACACAAGCUCGACGACCAGCCCCUUGCUGUAGAGCUAGAGAGGUGA